GUAAGAUCAAGAAUGAUGCAGUCUACGUCCGAGGGUUGUAUGAAUAUUGCGGAAUUAGCGAACCAGCUGCGCAGGGAGAAAAUUUUCAUUAAUUCCGAGCGGCAGCUGUUGCAAAGUCUGAAUGAGGAGGUGGAGAGAAAGGCCCUGGAAUUGCUGCAGGCGUCGUGGAUAUGUUCCCAGCAGCGUCAAAACCUCACCAACUUAAUAACAGCCAAAUGUGAAAGUGAGUCCAUAGCAGCCUGCCAAAAAGCUAGUCUGCUUGAGAGAACAACUUUUAUUGAUGUCUACAAGGUUUUGAAAUACAAGGAGGCAUCAGCUCUCGGCGAACUCCUGGGAUGGCUGCGCGAGUCGCCACAUCUGAUGGCGCUGUGUCUCCUCCUUGGCGAGGAGCAUAUGCCUCCGUCCCUGCCUUCGGCCCUGGUCUCUGGGCUGUACGGCAGCUGUCGGUCCCCGCCCGACCGGACCCGGCUGUUGGCUGUCAUACGGUCUUUGAUCAAACAUCACAUGGCACCGUCGAACGAUCCUGCAAAGUUAUUCCGUUCCGGCAAAUGCGCUUUGUCCCAACUGUUCGCGGUGUUUCGCGACGGUCACACUCCAGCCAAACAGUUCCUUGUUGCGACUCUGCAAGGCCCUGUCAUGGCCGUGAUGCAGGAGGACGAGUUCUUCUUGGAUAUAGACCCGGAUAAAGCUAUGGAGAGGUUCUCACCGGCGGAUCGUCUCAAGAAAUUCGGACAGCCCAACAGCGCAGAAUACGCCGCCAAAGUUGCCCGCUACCGUAAAUGGAUAGUGCAAUCGUUGUACAAUUUGACGAGCAAAUUUAUAGCUUCAAUGAGGGAACACUGGUCCAAUUUCCCCGCCAGUAUCGCGUGGUGUGUACAACAGGUGGUGCAUCUGCUGAAACAACAUUCCAGAAUAUCAGCAGCCGACCUCCACGCCAUCUGCACGGAGAUGGUGCUGGAACAGCUGAUCUGUCCGGCCAUAGUGCGCCCGGAGCAGCACGGGGUGGUAGACGUGCCCGUCUCCUACAUAGCGAGGUUCAACCUCAUGCAGAUAGAGAUCAUCGUGCGCAGGCUCUGUCUAGCCCGUUACCACGAGCCGGAAGCGAAAACCCGCGAUUUGUAUUCCAAAUUCGAGCGAAGCUGCGUGUCGUCGCUAGUCGACGCUGUGUGCGGAGAAGCGCUUGCGCCUUGCACGAUGCCACAGCCUGAUUCAACGUCGCCGGCCACACCGCUGCGCACCGACGUGACGCCGCUCACCAGCGUGGCGCUGUUCACGGCUCACGACGUACAUUUGUUGAUAACAUUCCUGAAGCGUAUCUCAUCGAAGUUGAACAACAAUACUCCAUGUUUGACGGCCGAGGAGCACGCAAGCAAUGGAGCCGUCGCCGAAGCCGGCGGCUUUAACGCCGGUUCGCUGUCGUCGAGCGGCUCAAUGUCCUCAUUCUCCGAUGGGCACGCUGCGCAACUGGCAACCUUACUGCAAACGGUCGAGCACAAUGCGAGGGACCGACUCCACGACUUGCUGAGGAAAAUGCCGGAUCUCGCGGAUUACAAACAAUCAUCCCCAACCGAGUCCAAAGACUUGGUCAUCGAGAACGGCCACAGCAAACGUGGCAUUUUAUCCAAGAUGGCGAAGCCACGCCUACCGCGCAGUGGCAGCGCUACAUCCGGAUUGGACGAGCGGCCGGCCAAUGGCAGCGUGGACAGCGCCACAGAUAACUUAGAAGUGUGGAUCAUAAAGUUGGCCAACGUUGAGGAACACGAUGUAGUCGGUCUGAUGCCGGAGUCGAAGGUUCUGGAGUGCUACGCGGCGUGCGAUGAAGACGUGCCGCUACAUACUCCUGGAAGUGGCGCGCCCGUUCAGAAACGAACCAGGUUUUCGGUGUCCCACGACGAGGUGUCCCUGGGGAACACCUCAGACAACCUCGAGGCGGUGUCGGAGGCAGCCUCCAACCACAGCGUCACCUCCAGUCUCGAGUUGGAGACAGAGGACCAGAAUGACAACCUCUCUGAUAUGGUGUCAGCGAAUGUUAGCGGUCGCGGGAGUCCCAACAUUUCUGGUCGAGAGACACCGUCCUCGCAAGUAACUGAAGGCGACGCCGCGGUAGACGGCCCUCCUAGACGGCUUCCACAAAACGUGCCGGUGAGCCAGGCGGGGAGCGCUCAAGCUAAGUUGAUGAAGCAGACGAGGAAUGACAUCGACGACAAGUUCUGCAAGUUUGAGAUCAAGAAAAUGCUGGAAGGCGACGAGACGAUCAGCAUAAUGUCGGACACGUGGAGCACCGACGUGCUCGCCUCCGACUCGGAGACCAUCGGCGACUCGUGCGACCACGCGCAGCUGCACGCCAACCAGGCGACCAACGCUAAUGUGAUAGCUCCGGACGUGUCUGAAACUGCCAGCGAGUCCGCCUGGUCCAUGGACGUACUCGCAUCGGACAGCGACAGGAACACUGAGGUGGACACAGACGACUGCGUGUCGGUGGCGGCACGCUCCGACACGUCGUGGCCACGUCGCCCGUCACACCACGAGGACAACUUGCCGGCCAGAGUUCAGAACGGGAGUUUCAAACGUCCCGAUGUUGGCAGCCCGAGACACACGGUCAAGCCGAGUUUGACUAACAGGGGCGGAGGCUACCUCAGCGCCACAGCGGCGAUAUCGCGCGGCGGAGAAGUGGGGCUGCCGGCCGCGCCCGCCCACCAGCAGCACUUCAUGGAGAACAGGAAGAGCAUACUGGUCAACGGGUACCCGGUGAUGACGUGCUACGCGGCGUCGGCGCCGGAGAGCCCGGGCGCCGCCACUCCCGCGCAGCUGCCGGCCGACGUCUUUGACUACGUGCCGCAGGGCAGCGGCAGCGCCCAAACUGAGUCAACAUUGGAGGCGAACAGCCAAUCGGACGCGACCAGCCAGUGGGUGGACGACAGCUUCCCCCCCCACCACUCCCCCUCCAAGUACUCGCUGCCAGCGAAACCCUACGACGACCACGAUCUCAUGGACAGAUCGCUCAAUUCCAGCGAGAGCUCGUUCAAUGCGCUGUCGGUGUCGCAGUAUGGCAGAUACGAUAAUGAGGAACAGCCCGAAGCCAGGUCAACAAUAACGGACCUGAUGACCCGCAUGAGCUCAGCGACCAUAUCAACAUCAGCCAACCUCGUCAACAACCUGACCGCUCGCAUAGUGAAAUCGGAAAUCCGCACGAGCAUAGUCUCCAUCUCGUCCUCGCGCAUAGAGAAGAAACGAGACGGCACCAGCAACAUAUCACUCAGCACGUUAUCAGUGAACAGUGCAGAGACAUCGGUGUCAGAUAAGAGUUCCAGUCAGGAUGUGAAUUCGGAGAAUGUGACCGAGAGGAGAGUGAGUCCACCGCCCGCUAAGAGUGUGUCGACCGGCGCUAUUCCGAAGAGUAUCAGCUUCGAUGCUACGGCUGAGAAGGCGCAGCGACGCCGUAUCAUCGGCGAGGAUAGUCUGGUGGGCAAUCUAGACGAGCUGAAGAACAACGUGAAGCGGUCCGGUGGGAACUUGUUCCACAAGAUCAAGAUGUUCCGUCAGAAAGGAAGGUCGCAUCAUCAUCAAGAUAUAAAACUACCAGAAGAGGAGUCUCGAAGCGACGACGGUUGCCGAGUGGAAGGGAACGGCGAGAGUUCAGAAGACAUCUUGGCGAAGUACAGACGCAAGUCUUCCACUGAUUCUAACAAGCAACGGAGGAACCAAAGACGGCCUUCCGAUGUACCCGAUGCUGAAAUGGAGAGAUGUGAAGGCGUUUUGGAUUUGAACGACCCCGAAGUGUUUAACAGCAUGAAACGUAAGCUGAGAAUGGUGCUAUCCAAUUCGGAUUUGCACUGUGUGGAGUACGUGCCUAAUCGUUGCACCAGCACAUCGCUAGUGGAGUGGGUGCGGAGUCUGUCGGGGCGCGCCGGGGACGCCGACAGCGGCCGGGCGCACGCCGCCGAGCUCGCCCGCGUGCUGGCCGCCGCCCGGGGCGACUCCGGCGCCGGGCUCAGCAGGUUGGCGGCGGCGUUGCGCGCAGAUUUAGCGGCGCGGAAGCCGUACGCGACUUAUUUGGCGUCGUGUCGAGCUGCGUUGACGCACACGCACCAUAAUUUGCGGACUCAAAUCAACCAAGUCCGCGCCGAGUGCGUGUGGUGUCUGCGCGCGGCCGCCUCUUCCCGUGUCCUGGAGCAGCUGGAGAGGGGGAACGCGCUGAAGAGGCUGGCCAGGCAUCACCACGCCAACGACCACCACUACACCACCGGUGGAGAGUUGAUGGACGAGAAGGCUUCAAGACUGACGGCUGGCAUAAAGGCCAUCACGGCUGAAGUGAAGGCUGAUCCCUCGUGGGAAGGCGCGUCGCCCACGUCCCUGGAGGCUGCGGAGCUGACAGUGGAGCGCGCGGCGUUCGCGAGGCUCUACCUACACGUGUUGUUCCCGAACGGAGAUGGAGACAUCGCACGAGACCAGGUUCUGAGCGAGCACAUCCGCCGCCUGUCCGCGUGUACGUCGGCGGCGCGCGCGGGCGUGGCGGCGCGGCACGCGUGGGCGGCGCCCUACCCGCUGGCGCAGGCCUGCCUGCGGCACCUCGCCGUCUACAGGGCGCCCCGGGACAAGCUGUCGUGUAUAAUGCGUUGCGUGACGUGCAUCAUGUCAGUGCUGGCCCUGAGUAACGGCGCUCCCCCCGCCGCAGACGACCUCACCCCCGUUUUGGUCUACGUCAUACUCAAGGUCAACCCUCCCUCGCUGCUGUCUACCAUCGAGCUGGUGAACGCCCUGGGAGGCCCGUUCCUACAAGGCGAAGCCCUAUACUGGUGGACGCAGUUCUGCGCCGCCGUCGCGUACAUCAAGACCAUGGAUUACCCGCCACAAGAGAACGCUGACACCUAGCCACGAGACACACGCCUGAAUACGAUAUCAGCGCGUGUACAGUUCUUGAGAUCGCCUCGCUGCCUGACGGGUCGCGUACGGUGCCACACUAUCUAAAUUCUAAAUUCCAUCAUUAUUAUACAUCUCAUUAUAUAAUAACAUCAUCAUUGUUAGAUAAACAUUUAAACAAUUAAUUUAUCUAGUAUUUUGUGGGGUGUAUAGUAAAAUCUUUACUCAUUUGGAUACUCUCCGGUGGGAAAUGUAGAAAAAUGCUUCUGGAUAAUGAUAAAACAUUUAUAUAUGGCAACGGUACCGCCCGACGAUGUUAACUACUUUGUUUUCAAAAGCUUGAAAUUGGCCCUAUGCCUCUUUUCUCAGCGGAGCGGCGUGACAAGAUCUAAAAUUGUAAUUAGAGGUGGUGAAAAUUUUCCUAGAAAUUCUCAAAUAGUUUAUCGUGUAUAUAUAAUUGUACAUGUUCUUAGAAUAUUGAAUAAAAAUAUUGCAUAGAAAAUCGUAGAUGUCGCAUGAAAAAAAAAAUCUCACUUAAAUGCUUGUAAACUUAGCGUAUAAUCGAAAUAUUUAUGUAAGUAUGUAAGAAUUAUGUAAAAUGUAAGCUUGUUUUAGGAACGCAGGUUCGAUUUUUGUUGUAAGUGUACAUAAAAUUAUUGGAUAAUAGUCGGAAUUCUAUACAGGGUUAUUCUUUGGUCAGUGCGAAUGAGUUAUUUAGUUAUGUUUGCCACUGAAUUUGGAUAAAUUCUAAGUUCAAUCGCUGGUCAGGUCAAAAAAAUCUUGAAUUUUUAUGUUUAAUGUUUGUUAUGUGAUACUUAGUUUGGAGCUAGUUU